AAGGAAAGAAAAGUCCCCAGAGGAAGAACAUUCAGCCUGUCCGGGUGAAAGAAACCAACAAAGAGGACAAGAAGCAAGGAAAAUGUUGGGAGUGUUGGUUGCCUCCCUGGUGUGUCUGCUGAUUCUACGCUCUCUGAAACAACUCUGGUCAAACAGGCCAUACCCUCCUGGGCCUCUUCGGCUACCCAUCAUUGGAAAUGUGUGGCGAUUUGCGAUCAAGCUUCAAAAAGAUACAUUUAUUAAGCUUGCAAAACAAUAUGGAAAUGUUUUGAUGCUAUGGCUGGGACCUAUACCUAUAGUUGGGCUGUCUGGAUAUGAAGCAGUGAAAGAAGCGCUGAUAAACCAUUCAGAAGGCUUUGCUGAUCGACCAGUGACCCCUUUCCUGAAAGUCAUAGGAAAGGAAAUGGGUAUUGUACUGUCAAAUGGCCCCACCUGGGAGCAACAGAGGAAGUUUGCGAUAGUUGCCUUGCGGAAACUGGGAGUAGGGAAGAAAGGCGUGGAGCACCAAAUAGAAGAGGAGGCCCAUCAGCUGCUUCAGACUUUUGCAAAUGCAAAGGGGCAUCCAUUUGACCCAUCAAUCCCCCUCAGAAAUUCAGUCUCCAAUGUGAUCUGUGCUGUGGCUUUUGGAUGCCGGUUUUCUGCUGAAGAUAAACAAUUCCUUAAGUUGGUGGAAGCCACUGACUACAUAUUAUCAUUUCUGGGCAGCUUCUCUCAAGUUCUCUUUGAACUUUUCCCAUGGCUCAUGAAACAUCUUCCAGGGCCUCUAAACAAGACCUUAUCAUGUGCAGAGACUGUGCUUUCAUUUGCAAGACAGGAGAUACAAAAACAUAAGAAGAAUCACACUGCCUAUGAGCCACAGGAUUUCAUUGAUUUGUAUUUAUUACAGAUGAAGAAAAGCAAGAAUGACCCCAACUCUACUUACAAUGAAGACAAUCUGAUUCAUAGUAUUUUUGACAUGUUCAUCGCAGGAUCAGAAACUACAACCUUGACAUUGCGAUGGGCUUUGCUCCUCAUGGCAAAUCACCCAGACAUCCAAGAGAAAGUCUACAAAGAGAUUGAAGAGGUUUUGGGUUCCUCUCAAUCAUUCACCUACCAAGAUCGGAAGAAACUCAACUACACCAAUGCUGUAAUUCAUGAGAUCCAGCGUUCCCAAUAUAUCUUACUUGUUGGGCUCCCCAGACGAUCUACAAAGGAUGUAAACAUGCUUGGUUUUCUCAUUCCAAAGGAUGCCACGAUUAUUCCAGAUCUAAGCUCAGUUCUUCUUGACCCUAAGCAAUGGGAGACACCUGAGGCAUUCAACCCAAAACAUUUUUUGGACAAGGAUGGAACUUUUGUGGAAAAAGAAGCCUUUCUUCCAUUUGGUGCAGGAGCCCGUGUCUGUCCAGGAGAGCAGCUGGCGAGGAUGGAGCUCUUCAUCUUAUUCACCAGCUUGAUCAGAGCUUUCACUUUCCAACUUCCAGAAGGAGUGAAAGAGCUCGACACAGAUCCUUUGGUUGGGCUAUCAGUAGUCCCCCGCCCUUAUAAGAUCUGUGCUGUUCCCCGCAGCAGUUCUUAAACUACACAGAUUAGAGUGAAUCAUUUGCAAGUGUAAAUUUCUUCUUCAAUCCUUUUGCCUAAGGCUCCUCAACUCAUUCUGUUCAGUAUUUCUCCCCUAUUUUGAGGGUAGUACUCACUUCCUCAGUCAUUAAAGUGAAUUGCUGUCUCGCCUGAAUGCGUUACAGAGAUGAGACUUUACAAGCUUAAAAGCUGAUUGGCAAAGUUCCAGCAUGAUCUGAUACAUCUGGGCAGAAAUGCAGCCAAAAGUGAUGCUUCACUGAGAAUAAUACCUGGGAAACCUGUCUUCUUGCUUCCAUUUCUGGACAGGGACUUGAUUGGAAUCCAUACAUUUGUUUGUUGUAAUCUCUAGAAUAUUCAGGUGGAUUCUUAUAUCUGAUUAUCAAGACCUGAUAGGUCUCGUCAUGCGGUGCCCAGGUGGGGAUGGGAGGUCUUCCCCCCAGCAUUUUCAAUGUAUGCUCCCUGGUUCUGUUGUAAUCCUUAAAGUAUUCAAGUGGAUCCUUACAUGUGAUUGUCAAGGCCAGAUUGGCCCCAUCCGUACAUGCAGAAUAAUGCACUUUCAAUGCACUUUGCAGCUGUCUUUUACUGUGUGGAAUAGCAAAAUCCACUUGCAAACAAUUGUGAAGUGGAUUAAAAGUGCGUUAUUCUGCACGUGCAGAAGGGGCCUCAGUCUGGUCUUGUCCUGUGGUUCCAGGUGGGAAUGGGAGGCCUGGCAUCUGAGGGAAUCACCUGUCUGUGUCUUGUAUGCAUACUUACGCUUCUUUAUUUGCACUGCUUUGCCUAAGCACACUUGCUAUGGAACAACCUUCUCUUGAGAACUUCAGACAUUUACUUGGGUUUGUGUGAAGUGCACUGCUUUACCAACAUAAGAAACCAUUAAUUGUUCAUUGGGAUUCUGGGGAGGGGCUGAAGUAGUUUUACUGGGGGGGGUUGCACUCUUUUCAGAAUAAACAAAGUUCCUAUCCAUAAUGUAUCUCUUCUGAUUUUCUGUCAAUAAAAUUAUUUUCAUUGCUAAAUGUAAAUCUGUAAAAACCAAUUUUGAUUGGCCACAAUAGCUGUGGAAAUUGUAAAAAUUGUGGACUUGCAUGACAAUCUAAAGUUAUUAACUUACCUUCAAUAGGACAGAGGUGGACCUUGAGACAAUUUUCAAAU